AUAAAGUGAUACCGAUAGUUAGUGGUUGGUUAUUCUUAGUCAUGGGUGCAUUGUUUGGGAAAUCUAGUAAAAAGACAGCUCCAAGUCGCAUUACAGACCAUGACAAAGCCGUGUUGCAAUUAAAGCAGCAACGGGAUCGUCUGAAGCAGUAUCAAAAACGCAUCGAGCUACAGUUGGAAAAUGACAGACUACUCGCCAAGAAGUGCCUGCAGCAGGGUAGAAAAGAUCGCGCGAAACUGCUGCUGCGCAAAAAGAAAUACCAGGAAAGUUUGCUCACGAAUGCGGACAAACAGCUGGAAAACUUGGAGAAAUUGGCCGCAGAUUUAGAAUUCGCACAGGUGGAAAUGAAGGUGUUGGAUGGCUUGAAGCAGGGCAAUGCUGCCCUGAAGAAGGUGCACGAUAUGCUGAACAUAGACGAAGUGGAGCGCAUAAUGGACGAAACACGCGAAGGCAUCGAAAAACAACAGGAAAUAGAUGCCAUCCUAACAGACGUGUUGACCACCCAAGAUGAGGAAGAUGUGCUCGCCGAGCUUGAUGCCCUGGAGGCUGAGGAGCAAAACAUACAAUUGCCCGAAGUGCCCAGUGACGAGCUGCCAGCCAAAGCUGUCGAGGAGAUGGAAGAAGUGGAGGAACUAGACGAUGAUCAAGAGCCAGAUCAGGAGAAAACUGCAACCAAAGCAAGCAAAGCAAAGGCAAAGAAGAUAUUAGUGGAGGCCUAAAAGCUUAAUGCCAUUUACUUUAUUCAACUAACUAAGCUUAAACUUUUUGUAUAUGUAUUUGUACAUAUAAUCCAUGUAUGUCUCGAGGCGUAUGUGCAACAUAUAUAUUUUUAUAUAAGAAUAUUGCAACCAAUUUGUUAACACUAGCACUAAG